AUGAAAGAUAUCCAGGUAAAUGCCACUCGCAUCGAGAUCUCUCCGAUCUAGUCUCCUCUACCUCGCUCUCUCUCUCUCUCUCUCUCUCUCUCUCUCUCUCUCUCUCUCCCUCUCUUCUCAUCACUUUCCCUCCAUCUCUCUCUCCACCAGCCUGAGGAGCUGACCAAUGUGUUGGAGAUCAGUAACAUAGUGUUCACCAGUCUGUUUGCAUUGGAGAUGUUACUCAAGAUGCUGGUCUAUGGACCAUUUGGUUACAUCAAAAACCCCUACAACAUCUUCGACGGAAUCAUAGUGGUCAUCAGGUAAGCAAGGCAAAUUGACAAAUUAAUGUAUAACUUAUGGCACACUGCCAGUCUUAAUAUUGGUAGGGCCUCACUCUUCAGAUCAGGGCCCGUAUCCACAAAGCCUCUCAGAGUAGGAAUGCGGAUCUAGAAUCAGGCCCCCACCUGUCCAUAUCACGGCAUUCAUUAUGAUCUAAAAGGUGAAACUGAUCCUAGAUCACCACUCCUACUCUGAGAUGCUUUGAGGACACGGGCCCACGUUUGUCUUACCAAUAAAUGGUUGAUCCUAUAACCGACGGCGUCCUAUCUCUCUCCCCAGUGUGUGGGAGAUCGUGGGCCAGCAGGGCGGUGGUCUGUCUGUGUUGCGAACCUUCAGACUGAUGCGUGUGUUGAAGCUGGUGCGCUUCAUGCCUGCUCUGCAGAGACAGCUGGUGGUGCUGAUGAAGACCAUGGACAACGUGGCCACCUUCUGUAUGCUACUCAUGUUGUUCAUCUUCAUCUUCAGGUAG